AUGAAGGAAAAUAUGAGAAAAUAUCGUCAAAAAAAGAAAAAUGAAAAAGAAACUCUUCAAAAAGAAUUAACAAUUCAGUCUGUUAAUCAAGAAGGGACGUCCAAUGUUUAUCCACAGAAUAAUAAUUAUGAAGGUAAAUGUAAAGAGUCUUGUGAAGAAGAGAGUGUCCAACUGGAAGGGACACCUCAUGAGGAAGGGUGUGUCCAAUUAGAAGGGGCUGAGAAAAAUAAUAAAGAAAAAGAAAAUCCAUUUAGAGACAUUGAUUUGAAUCUGCCAGUUAAUGAGAUAAAUUUAAAUAAGAAGCAUCGGUUUGAUCUGAACGAGGAGCCUGAGGAUUGUGAAGAGAUAUGAAAAUAUAAUUUUGGGUAAUUUUUGAAGUAAAAUAA